AUGCCUAGCACCCAGAACACACCGGUUGUCACCCAGCACAGCAAAGACAAGCCCAUAAUCACGGAUCCAGAUUUUGAAGAUGAGGAUAUGGAGGUGGACGACGAGAGCUUUAUUGACGACGAUGAGGAUGACGAGAUAAUAGGCCCCUUCCAUCCACUUCCAAGGACUCGGCCCGAUCCCGAGGAUCCUGCGUAUGGACUCCCUGACCCCGGACCCGGCAUGGUCUACAGCACUUUUCCCUAUCACGAAAAUUAUUUGGAGGAUCCGUCCUAUUUCGAUACUCUGGGCAGAGAUCCAAUGACACAAAUGCGGAUCUACACCCUGCCGGAUGAGGACGAACAAGCCCACCAUGUGCUUCGCGUGCUGGAAAUGUUCCCAUACCGCGGCCUCGAAAUCCUGUUUGACGCGGCCAUGAGAGGCCGGGCCAAGGUUGUGGGUGCGUUGAUCGGAGCCGGCGUCAAGGCUCAUCCGGAACCUGGCAGCGAUGAGGAAGAUGAGCUCCUGGUUCCUAUUCACACUGCUGCAUACAAGGGCCAUCUUGACUGCAUGCAGGUUCUGGUGCGAGAAGGCAAUGUGGACCCGGACAACGUGAGCGAUGGACACACUGUCCUGAUGCGCGCGGUGGUAGGUGGACACGAACAUGUUGUUCUGUGGCUACUUGAGACAAAACGCGUUAACCCCAAAAGGAGGGUUAGGCAAGAUGACGGUAAUGUCUCACUCGGAGCGCUGGACGUGGCUGCGUUGGAGGGUCAAGUGGCGUGCGCCUCAUUAAUUGUCGAGUACAUGGUCGAAGAACAGUUGGCAAUCGACGAUAUGAUAAACCACGCGACAAUGCAAAGCGCAGGCAUGUCCGGCAGCCGAGAAAUGGUGGAAAGCCUGAUGUUCUGGGCAAAACUGCCUGACUUGGGCUCGACUGAGAAAACUUCGAAGAUCAGCCGGUCACAAACCAAACUGGUCGAGGCUGCGGUGAUAGGAGCUGCAAACGCGGGCAAUGGGGCCAUCACCAAAGAGCUCUUAUCAUACCUCCGAGUUCACAGUGGUGCGUUCAGCCCGUCAAACGAAGUCCGGGAUGCUCUGAGAAGGGGGGUGAUUAAAUCGUCUGCAAAGAAUGAUGCAGAAUCAUUCCAGAUAUUCUUAAAGUUGGCACUGCCAAUCGGCACAGAGCGCACGGUGAUGCGAAAAACAUUAUCAAAUGCACUAUUCGAGGCUGCGGAUGAAAACGCCCUUGAUAUGGUCAAAAUCCUGCUCGAACAGCACCAUGUAGAUGUCAACGACGGAUCGCAGAAUCUACAUGAACUUACACCGCUUAUCACAGCGGCAGGACGGGGGCAUUUGGACGUGGUCAAAUACCUAGUUGACGAGGCGGGAGCAGACAUCAAAGUUGGCGCAGGAGCAGAGUGUGACACGCCACUGUGGUUCGCCGUGAAGGGAGAGCACCACGAUGUUGCCUUGCAUCUUCUUCGACGCGGUGGUCCAGUCAACCAGAUCAUCCCUGCACGCAAACCGAAUUUCUCCAAACCCGAUGAUAUCUUCAUGCGCGUAGUUCGAUUUUUGGAUAAAGAUCACGGAGUGAAAGUAUUCCUUGAUGGGGAGGCUGCCGAUGAAUAUGAAAUGGAGGCUACUAGAGGGUGUGUUGAUAUUGUUGGGCUGACUUCAGCGGACAGCCAAUGGUGGGAUAAACUGGAUUUGAAAUCGAACUGA